GGUAAAUAUUCGGUAAACCGACCGAAAAACCGCCUGAAAUCGCUUCUCAUGGUAUUUCGGUAAUACCGGUUUGUAACCGUUUACCGGUAAUUCGGUAAUCGGUAAACCGGUACAAACCGGUAUCGGUAAUCGGUAACCAGUUUGGCCAACUUCGGUAUACCGAAACCGGUAAAUUCGGUAAACGGUAAAUUGUUUACCGACCGAAUCCCAUCCCUAGUAAUGGAUGAUAUAAAAUAAUUUUCUUCAAAUUUUCAAAAUUCGGGUUAAAGUGAAGAAGAUACAAGCUAUUUAAAUGCCGGUCUUUUUAUCUUAACUCCAAGAUUUGAUGCCAGUCAAAAUCAGUGGACCAGAUCUAGUAAUGAUAAAUGCAUUAACUAAUGAUAAAUGAAGGUGACCAAUCUUUCUGGAGCCUUAUCGCCAACGGUCAACAACUUCCAGAGCAACAGUCUAGUCCAAUCUGGAAACGAAUAUUGAAGCUGCAAGUCUUUGAGAGAGUUAGGGUUUUCAUUUGGAUGGCAGCCCGGCAAAAGCUAACCACGAACAACAUCAGGAAAUUUCGACACUUAACGCAGGAUGAUUCUUGCCCUGAAUGCAUCAACGUUGGCGAAACGAACCUUCACUGUCUGAGAGAUUGCAGAAAGGCUAAAUCAGUCGGGAAUAGAAUUCUGGAGCAACAACGAAAAUAAAACUUCUUCAACACCAGCUGUGACGAGUGGCUCAAAGCAAACAUCAUGGAUGAUUCAACUGGAAAUUGGCCAGGACAGUGGAACAGCUUCUUCAGCUUAAUUCUCUGGUACCCUUGGAAGUGCUGGAAUGAAGGUAUUUUCAAGGGGAUUAAGCUUAGUACUUCCACGCUCCAUCAUUAUGUUCGGGCUAAUGCGACAGAGUGGGUGAGAACUUGGGAAGCAGCUCAACAUGCCCACUAAUUUGAACAAGAAGCAGAGGAGGGUGGAGGAGCUGAUCGGGUGGCAUAAACCGCUGACAGGAUGGCAUAAAUUAAACACUGAUGGCGCAGCUCAAAGUAACCCAGGUCUAGUCACUGCAGGAGGAGUGCUUUGAGACCACGACGAUGAUGGGAUAAGCGGUUUUUGCAACAAACUUGGCUCUGGUACAACCCUCCUUGCAGAGCUUUGGGGUAUUUUACACAGGCUGGAACUUGCCUGGAGAAAGGGCUCUCGAUUCCUUAUUCUCGAAACGGACUCUAAGCUUGCACUACAACUCAUUGAGAAGAGGAAUGAUAGGGUUCACCCCUACACAAUGAUUCUUGGAACUAUAAGACGUCUUUUGGCUAAACAAUGGGUUGUUCGACUAGUUCAUACGUAUCGCGAAGGAAAUCGAGUCGCGGACUGGCUCUCGAAGCACAGUCUCGUCUAUCCUUUCGAUACGCAUGAGUUAGUUGAUCCCCCUUUAGAGGUGGAUCGAAUUUGCAGAGAGGAUCUUCUUGGGGUCAAUUUCCCCAGGCAGGUUAUUCGUGAGGAAGACCCUUAAUGGGGUGGUUCUACUCUGUUGUUCCCCUGUCCUGGUCCGAAUUCUAUUGAUGCUCUCUUUGUACUAGUUCCUUUUUCUAGCCGUUAGGAAUCUGUAACUCUGGUAGCUUUGCCUCCCUUUAAUAAAAAAAAAAAAAACUAAGGGUUAUUGACCUUUAACUAGAUCCCGAUUACGUCACACAUGUGGGUUUAUUCCCACCUAGAUUAAUUGCAAGUUUGGUCAUUGGUCGUUGCCUUUCGAUUCCCGUCGGAUUUCGUUAAUGACGUAAGUUUUUUGAUGACGUACCUAAUAGAUAUGUUAAGUCACCCAAAUUUAAUGCGAAAAUAAUAAAAUUUGACACGAUAUGUCAUAUAACCCAUCACAUUAGAAACUCUAACCCAACACAUGACUCGAACCGACCUAAAAAAUGUCCCAAUCAACUAUGAUCCUUUCUUCGUCCCCUCUCCCAAGUUCUAGCUUACCCUUAUUCCCUCUUACAUCCCUACCUCUCCACACCUCCAAGAUUUCAGAGCAACACCUUCCUCCUGAAUAUCAGUCAGAUCGGUCAUGGGUAGGGUUUUAAUUUUUUCGAGUUAAAUUUGGAUGAUUGGAUAGAUUUGCUAGACACAUCAUGAAAAAACUGACGAUGUCAACCAAAUUUAACCAAAAAUAACAACGAGUGACCAAGCUUGAAAUAUUAAAUUAAUUUUAAUGACCACUAUUAGUGAUCACAUUUGCAAUUUACUAAUUCCCGGUUUCCCACCCAAUUUACUGGGAAAAGAUACGAAACAGAACACGUAAGAAGAUGUAGCUUCUCAUAAAGGCGGAACACAAACCGACUUGUUCCGCUAUCCGUACUCUUUCGCCGACGUCGUUUAAUGCCAUCACUCCCCUCCACGCGUUUACCCGCGAAUACAACCGUAUUCUUCCUUCCUUCCCGUCCUCCUUCACUUCCUGCAGUUACUCUCGGCUCUUAGCCGCCUUCUUUGACGCGAUUACCAAACGAGAGUUACCAAUUCAGCCGUCGAUUUCGAUUCCACAUAGGUUUGUAAGAUAAUUCAUUCCGCGAGUUAUUUCCAUUUUUGGGCCGGGUAUCUGCAUGAGCCCGUUUCGUCUGCGGAUUUCCUCGAUCUUCUCCGUAUCAAGAGUAAUGGCGGAAGAAUCGGGAUCCUCUGCUUCUGCUGCCGCUUCCGCCACCGCCGCUGCUAGCCAGGGUUCAAAUCCGGCGGAAUCUUCCUGGGCGAAGACGAGAUCCUUGUGGCCUUCCGUACUCCGAUGGAUUCCAACUUCUACCGACCACAUCAUCGCCGCCGAGAAGCGCCUUCUCUCCAUCGUCAAGACUCCUUAUGUUCAAGAGCAAGUUAAUAUAGGUACAGGGCCGCCAGGGUCCAAGGUUAGGUGGUUUCGUUCUACAAGUAAUGAGCCGAGGUUCAUCAACACAGUUACCUUCGAUAGCAAAGAAGGUGCUCCCACGCUUGUAAUGGUCCAUGGAUACGGCGCUUCCCAAGGGUUCUUCUUCCGAAAUUUUGAUGCUCUCGCUGCAAAGUUCAAGGUCAUCGCCAUUGAUCAGAUCGGCUGGGGUGGAUCAAGCCGACCUGACUUUACUUGCAAAAGCACUGAAGAAACAGAAGCAUGGUUUAUUGACUCUUUUGAGGAAUGGCGAAAGGCUAAGAACUUAGAUAACUUCAUCUUGCUUGGGCAUUCUUUCGGAGGUUAUGUAGCUGCUAAGUAUGCUCUUAAGCAUCCUGAGCAUGUUCAGCACUUGAUUUUGGUGGGAUCGGCUGGAUUUUCAUCAGAAGCUGAUUCCAAGUCCGAAUGGCUUACCAAAUUCAGAGCGACGUGGAAAGGUGCAAUUAUUAAUCAUCUAUGGGAGUCAAAUUUUACUCCUCAAAAGGUAGUUAGAGGGUUAGGUCCUUGGGGUCCAGAUAUUGUUCGAAGGUACACCUCUGCUAGAUUCGGUGCAUAUGCAAAUGGAGAGAUGUUGAAUGAGACUGAAUCCAAGUUGCUAACAGAUUAUGUGUACCAUACUUUGGCGGCCAAGGCAAGUGGAGAGCUGUGUCUCAAGUACAUAUUUUCCUUUGGUGCAUUUGCUCGGAUGCCCCUAUUACAGAGGGCGUCAGAGUGGAAAGUACCCACGACAUUCAUAUAUGGAGUUCAGGAUUGGAUGAACUAUAAAGGCGCUCAAGAAGCUCGCAAGCAGAUGAAAGUCCCUUGUGAAAUCAUCAGGGUUCCUCAGGGAGGGCAUUUUGUGUUCAUAGACAACCCAGUUGGGUUCCAUUCAGCUGUGCUCUACGCCUGCAGAAAGUUCAUCUCUAGCAACCCGGAUAGCGAAUCCCUUCCUGAAGAUCUUACCUUGGUAUAGUAGGAGUUUCUUCUGUAUCUUCAUCCAUUUUUUAUUUCUCAAGUUGUGUAUACACCUCAAGUUUAAAGUUGCAACAUUUUGUAUCCAGUGUAGUGUACAAUGCUGUAUGAUGUUAUUUAUGCUUCAGAUUCUGAGAUCCAAUAAAAGUAAUUACAACAAAUUGAAACGGACAAAAAAAGUGACUUCCAUGUUGCAGAGGUCCCCCAGGUGAAAAAGAGUGAAGGUAAAAUUGGGGAAGUUGGGCAGUGAAAAGAUUUUGUCAGUGAUGCAUGCAAGUGGUGAAAGAAAGACUAUUGCGUCUAUAUCUUUUUCAUCCGUUUCUUCUGUCUUUUUACUCUUUUUGCUUUAUUACUGCUGCCAAGGAGAGGACAGCCCCAGUCCCUCCAUUGAUUUCAGAAGCUCGACCCCCACAAAGCUCUGUAACCUGCAGAGCUCUUGAGAGACUGAAUGGGGUGAAAAAGAAGGUGAACCCCAAAUGCCAACCAGAUGAUUCUAACUCAUUUUUUAAAACCUCCUCCAUAAAUACAAGUCUAUUAGCCUUAACCUCUCUGACAGUCUGACUCAUAAAUCAAAACCUUAUCCCAGUUUCAUCUCAUUCCGAGUUUAGCCAUUUUUUACUUACCAUACUCUACAGUGUGAUCCACUCGAGCAAUGCACCAGAUAUCAUCGGUUCAACGUGCAUAACAAUGGUUCGUUCGAGAUCGACGAAACAUGAUACUUACCCGCAAAACCCUAUUCAAAAAGAUCGCCGAAUUACGGGCCAAUCGCCACCAGACCAUUGGUGUGACUAUAACAUCAAUGAACGGGAACUGAAUCAAGCCAAGUACCACGAGGAGUGGUUCGACCAUAUUCAAUGCAGUACUCUGCAACUACGUUUCAAAUACCCUUACCCAUCUGGAAUUGAAGGAUUCCAACAGACCAACACUGCUGAUUGAUGACAGUAGCAUUAUGAUCGCCACUGCCUUACCACGGUCCCUCGACAGCAACCAUACCAGAGUGAAAUACAAAAAGAAACAGAAGGGGAAAAAAAAAGAUGUUAAUUAGGACACUGCAGCUCUGUCAACGCCAGGGGAAAUAUCACAUGCAUUUCAGAACUUAUACACUGACGCAGCUUUUCAGAAGUUAGAAAAAAAACCCACAGAAGGGUCGCUGUUCGGUUGCAUGGUGGCAAAUGGGUCGGGUCGGGUCAGAUUAUGUACCGGGUCACGUCCGAACCAAAACGCGACCGCCCAUUGGUUUGAAUUUCUUAUUAUUAUUACUAGCCUGUCUUCCCCUUCCGUCGUAGUCUCCUCAUUUUCUGUUCCCCAGAGAAAAUUUAAUAAAAUAAAAUAAAAUAAAAUAGAAACAAAAGAACACGGCGGGGCCCUACUCCAAAUCCUUCGCAGCAUUAACGGCUACUUUUUGGAUGCCGGCACUGGCCCCCACGUGUCUGCUGCUCAUUGGGUUUUUUAUUGCUUCUUUUGGCGGGAGUUUUGGACUUGUUGUGGGGUCCUGUGUCAAUUGUCAUCCUUCCUUCCCUUGCCUUCCACGGGCAUUUGUUAAUUAGUAAUUAAUUAUCAGUUAUUAGGAUAAAACAAAAACUCCUCCAAUGGCAUUGAUUGUUUGUAAAAGCAAUUUGAUUCCCCCAAACUUAAUAUAAGCUUAUCCCCAUAAAAAAAACUCAAUAUAAGCUUAGAAUGCUGCUUCAUUUCAUUUUUCCAGAUCGGCUCCUAAAAUAAUCAAGGGGGGCACAACGGCUCAUGUAUUAAAGGGCACAAUGCAAA